AUGACCCAGCUUUUGAGUCGACUCAAAAGCUUCCCCGUGGUGUACUUGCCAUUCCAGUGUCUGGACUCCUGUAACGCGUCUCCCAGCAGCGAGUACUCCACCAGCAGCGGCUCGGACUCGGAGGAUGACGUCAGCAGGGGCGGCAAGGCGCGGCUGCCAGCUCGGAUGGCGGUGAAGGCGGAGUUUCUUCAGGCGAGGGAGGCGGAGGCUGCUGUGGAGGACGAUGGACCGAUUCCUCGCAUCACUGAAGACAAGGUGACCCUCAGCUUUGCACGCAGCGGAGGGCCUGGAGGGCAGAACGUCAAUAAACUGAACACAAAGGUGGACAUGCGAUUCAAUGUGCUCGAUGCUGAUUGGCUGCCUGAACGGAUAAGAUGGAAGAUUCUGGAGCAGGAGAAGAAUCGGGUGAACAGUGAUGGGGAGAUAGUGGUAUCGUCCACACGCACACGAACACAGAAGGGCAACAUUGAAGAUGCGCUUGCCAAGCUUCAGAAAAUCAUAGAUGCAGCGGGCUAUGUCCCUCCACCACCAUCAGAGGAGAAAAAGGCCCGCAUAAAGAAGCUAGCCAAGGCAGAGAACGAGAGGCGGUUGCAGGACAAGAAGCUCAAGUCCAGUAAGAAGUCAGACAGACGGAACAAGGGCAGCUGGGAUUGA